UGAGCGCCGAGUCACCAACCCCAGGAAGCAGGAAGAAGACCAGCACCGGAGGACCGGGACGCCAAUAUCGGUGCAAUGGGGGAACGUAGGAAGGCAGUCCGUGACUUCCCGUCUGCCCGGGCUCUGACUAACCGGAAGGGUCACGUUGAGUAAAUAUUGGCUUUGAUGUGUUUACGUGUUAUGGCGAAACCUCAUCCUAUAUAGAGCAGAGACCUGAGCUCCGUCCUCAAUCUGCAGGUAUCUACGAUCAUGAAGAAGCUGCUCCUGAAUUUCGUCGUCUUCCUGCUGCUGCAGGGCGGUCGUGAGACUUUGGGUUCUGCACCCCUGAACCAGGGCAAUAUCAACAGCUGUAGAGAUACCUGCCACCCCCAAGACUGUUCUGAUGUGUCUGCCCAGGGUUUGACCACAGAUGGUGUCUACCUGAUCUAUCCUGGUGGCGUGAACACUCCUCCAGUACCUGUGUAUUGUGACAUGAGGAGCUCUGGAGGACCCUGGACGGUGUUUCAGAAGAGGUUUGAUGGCAGUGUGGACUUCUAUCGUGGCUGGAAAGAAUACAAGAAUGGGUUUGGGAAAGCAAAUGGAGAAUACUGGUUGGGUCUACAGAAUAUUCACCUCCUCACCCAGAAGAGAUCGUAUCGUCUUCGGGUUGACCUAGUGGACUUUGAGGAUGAUGCUCGUUUCGGGACCUAUGACACCUUCUCUCUGUCCCCGAUGGCCAUUGAUCCAGAGGAGGACGGGUACAAGCUGUAUCUUGGUAAAUUUCAAAAUGGUGACUCCAACAAACCUAUUGGAGAUUCUCUAAGAACUCAGGAUGGGAUGCUUUUUUCCACCCACGACAAGGACAGAGACACAAUUUCGGGUAACUGUGCUGUUAUUUUUCGAGGAGCCUCCUGGUACAAGGACUGUCACAGCGCCAACCUGAACGGUCUAUACCUAAGGGGAGAAACUACCGAGUAUGCAAAGGGCAUAACCUGGGCAGCAUGGAGGGGCCAUCACUACUCACUGAAGGCGUGUGAGAUGAAGAUCGCCGUAAAUGCCUAAGUUAUUGAUGUAUCAUUAGG